GUGGUUGGAGAAACUGCAGCAGCUCUUGCAGCUGCCUCAAUUCUUUUUCGGCCAAUCGAUGCUAAGUAUUCUGCACUAUUGUUGCAACAUGCUGAACAACUUCACGUUUUUGCUGAUCAAUUCCGAGGAUUCUACACAGACUCAAACCCCGACGCCGCGCAAUUUUACCCGUCUUGGAGUUAUGCUGAUGAGCUGGUAUGGAGUGCAUUGUGGUUGCACAAAGCAACUGAGGAUGUCAAGUACCUAAAUGAAGUUUUAUUCAAGUGGGAUGAGUUUCACUUCAGUUGGCAAGACACACUGCUCAACUGGGAGGACAAGAGAGGAGGGAUUGUUCUACUGAUGUACGAGUUGACAUCGGGCACCAAUUUCCGGAACAAAAUUACCCACUUCGUCCUGCAGUACAAAUCCAACACCACAACCACACCAGGAGGGUUGCUUUUCUGGGGCACUGGGGGCACUUGCAGCCACGCAGCAACCGCAGCUUUCCAACUUCUCGUGGCGGAUGAUUUGGGACUGGGACUCGGUAUUGCACAUGAUCUUGCGAAAACCCAAAUAAAUUACAUCCUCGGAGAAAACCCCCUGAAAACAUCGUACAUCAUCGGUUUCGGCAACAAAUACCCAACAUAUCCUCAUCACAUGGCAAGUUCCUGUCUUCCAAAAUACGCCUGCAAUGGAUGUGACUGCAGCUGGGAAGCUUAUCAUAGUCCAAAUCCGAACCCGAAUGUCCUGAGAGGAGCUCUGGUCGGUGGACCCGACCAAAACGACCAUUGGGAAGACAAGCGCAGCGAUGCCAUAAGAAACGGCGUAGGGCUGGACUACAACGCAGGGUUUCAAAGUGCUGUGGCGGGUCUUAUCAUCAAAGAACAGCGAAAGAUGCGUGCUGGACGAAAAUAAUAUAAUACUGUAACACGAAAUAUCCC